AAUGAUCUGAUGAAUGAACUUGUACUGUUAGAGAAAAAAGGAAAUCCGGACGAAAUUUUACUUGUUUUAGAUGCCAUGACAGGGCAAGAAGCAGCCAAUGUUGCGAAACGUUUCGCAGCAACGGUACAUGUUUCUGGAGCAAUAUUAACCAAACUCGAUAGCGACACUCGUGGUGGAGCUGCAUUAUCUCUCAGUAACAUCUCCGGCUGUAGCAUUUGUUUUAUGGGAACAUCAGAAAAUUUGGAUGGCUUGGAACCGUUUUAUCCCGAACGAAUUGCCUCCAGAAUCCUAGGAAUGGGAGAUAUAGUAUCAUUAGUAGAAAAAGCACAGGAAAAUGUCAAUGAGGAAGAAGCAAAGGAAAUGGCAAAAAGAAUGUUGGAAGCGAAAUUCACCUUUGAAGAUUUUCUUAAACAAUUGUCUUUUGUGUCAUCAAUGGGUUCCUUAGGGAAUAUGCUCAAGAUGGUUCCAGGCGUAGGUAAUAGAAUAAAAUCUGAAGAUAUAUCGAAAAUGGAAAACAAAUUAAAGGUUGCAAAAAUAAUCAUACAGUCCAUGACAAAGGAAGAAAAGAAGAAUCCUGAGUUAUUUUACGAUGACGUCAGUUCCAAGAAACGUAUGGAAAGAAUUCGAAAAGGAUGUGGCAGGUCCCAGGAAGAAAUUGAUGAUUUCUUUAAAACUUUUAAAUCUGCACAAAUUGCCAUGAAGAAACUUGGAGCUUCUGCGAAUCAGAAAGCAGAAAAAUCAAGUGAAAUUGAGUCACAAGAUUUUACUGGAAACAGAGCACAACGCAGAAAGUUGACAAAAACAAAAGAAUCCGUGCCAAAAAAUACCAUUAAAAAGGGAUUUGGAAAAUAAAGAAAAUUAAAAUUUUAAAUUUUUGA